UAUGCUAUGGUGAUCGGCUCCCUCUCUAACAGCUUCUGCUUAGGCACAGAGAGCCUUUCUGCACCACCCCGGGACAAAGGAUAGCCUCCUAGACGAAAAACAAAGAGGAGGAGGUGGAGGAUAAGGCAGCACCAGGGCUGAGGCCACUGGGUGCUUCCUAACGGUUGUAAGAGUGUGUUGGGCUGUGGCCCAACGGUAUCGCAGCAACCAUGGUGAAGCUGGCCAACCCGUUGUAUACGACCUGGAUUUUGGAAGCCAUCAAAAAGGUGAAAAAGCAAAAGCAACGGCCGUCUGAAGAGCGCAUCUGCAAUGCUGUGUCAAUGUCACAUGGGCUUGACCGCAAGACGGUCCUGGAGCACCUUGAGCUCAGUGUUAAAGAUGGCUCUAUACUCAAGGUGUCAAACAAAGGGCUUAACUCUUACAAGGACCCCGAUAACCCUGGACGUUUGGCGUUCCCGAAGCCCAGGGUGGGAGGAGGUGGAGGGAGUUCCAGCACCUCCAGCUCCACCAAAAAACCUAAUCUGGACUGGAACAAACUAAUCAAGCGCUCUCUGGAAGGGCUUCACGAGCCUGGCGGUUCUUCUUUAAAGAGCAUUGAACGCUUUCUGAAAUGCCAGGCUGAUGUUGCGGGUUUUCUGUCUGGCAGUGGCUCUAUGGGGCCAGGCCUUUUCCACCAGCAGCUCCGGCUGGCCCUGAAGAGGGCCGUCGCUCAUGGACGGGUGGUAAAGCUAGGCCCGCUCUUCCGUUUGGUUAGCAGAAGUUCUCAUAAUGAUGGGACUGGGUGUGUAUCUCUGGAUUCUCUGCCACCAGUGCGUCUGCUGCCCCACGAACAGGAUCGGCCUGUGGCAGAGCCCAUACCCAUCUGUAGUUUCUGUUUGGGGACCAAGGAACAGAAUCGUGACAAGAAGCCAGAAGAGCUCAUCUCCUGUGCAGACUGUGGGAACAGUGGUCACCCAUCCUGUCUGAAGUUCUCUCCAGAGCUAACAACACGGGUCAAAGCUCUGUGGUGGCAGUGUAUCGAGUGCAAGACCUGCAGCAGCUGCCAGGACCAAGGAAAAAAUGCUGACAACAUGUUGUUUUGUGACUCCUGUGACCGAGGUUUCCACAUGGAGUGUUGUGACCCUCCACUCAUGCGGAUGCCGAAAGGCAUGUGGAUCUGUCAGAUCUGUCGGCCGAGAAAAAAGGGAAAAAAGCUUUUACAUGAAAAAGCAGCACAAAUCAAACGGAGAUACAAUGCACCACUGGGACGGCCGAAGGGCAGACCGGGCCGCCCCUUUAAAAAGCUUCGAGGUGGUGGGCGUGGCAGGAGAAGGCGGGGUGUUGGAGGCGUGGACCAGUGCUCACAAGGCUCCUCCUCCCCACACUCUUCCUCAAGCUCCUCAUGUGAAGGUUACCCCGGUGACGAUCGCAUGCUGUUCUCUCUCCACGGCGAAAAUUCAGAGCAGGGUGGCCUGCGCUUCAACAAAAAGACAAAGGGCCUGAUCGAUGCUCUGAGCAAGUUUUUCACGCCAUCCCCAGAUGGGCGGAAAGCUCGCACUGAAGUGGUGGACUAUUCCCAGCAAUACCGCAUGCGCAAGAAGAGCAAUCGCAAGGGUGAGCAGGAUGACAGGAUAGGAGACAAUCAGGAGUGUGGAGACUGGCGGGAGGAUGAAGACAAGUUGCCAGGACACGAGAACCUAACUGAGAAUGACGUGGAGCUCUUCAGGCACAUUCAGGAACUGGCACUACAGAAAGUUGGCGUGACUGGGCCGCCUGACCCCCAGAUGCGCUGCCCAUCAGUCAUAGAGUUUGGGAAGUAUGAAAUUCAGACGUGGUACUCUUCUCCAUACCCACAGGAGUACAGCAGGCUCCCUAAACUCUAUCUGUGUGAGUUCUGUCUGCGCUACAUGAAGAGCCGCAGCAUUCUCUACCAGCACAUGCGAAAGUGCAACUGGUUCCACCCACCUGCCAAUGAGAUCUACAGGAAGGACGAUUUGUCAGUGUUCGAGGUGGAUGGAAAUGUCAGCACAAUAUACUGUCAGAAUUUGUGCCUGCUGGCCAAGCUCUUCCUGGACCAUAAGACGCUAUACUACGAUGUGGAGCCCUUCCUCUUUUAUGUACUCACACAGAAUGACGAUAAAGGCUGCCAUCUUGUUGGGUACUUUUCAAAGGAGAAGCAUUGUCAACAGAAGUACAACGUAUCCUGCAUCAUGAUUCUACCACAAUAUCAGCGCAAGGGCUAUGGGCGAUUCCUCAUUGACUUCAGUUAUCUGCUGUCCAAGAGGGAAGGCCAGCCAGGCUCACCAGAGAAGCCGUUGUCAGACUUGGGCCGACUCUCCUACAUGGCAUACUGGCGUAGUGUAGUGCUGGAAUGCCUGUAUGAAAUCAGAGACAGACAUCUUACCAUCCGCAAACUCAGCAAAGUCACUGGAAUUUGCCCUCAAGAUAUCACGGCCACCCUGCUUAAUCUCAACAUGCUGGAACAGAGGGGAGACCAGGUGGUUAUUCUGCGCAGAGAGAAGCUGGUGGCCACUCACAUGGCCCGACUGAAGGCUAAACCUCGGCAACUUGAAGUCGAUCCAGACUGUUUGCGCUGGACACCUGUUAUCGUCACCAACACAGUGGUAUCUGAGGGAGAAGGGGAUGAUGAUGAGGAAGAAGAGGAAGGAGAGGGGGAACCUAACAAAGAGAUUAAACACAGCCACAAGAGCUCUCCGCUCUCUUGGCAUGUGUCAGGAGAACGGGAAGAGAAGGAAGAGAAACAGAGCUUCCCUACAUUCCCCAAAAGCCAAAGCUCUCCACCACCCUCUUCUUUUUGCAACAGUGUACUCAGUCCUGAACGGCCUUCCCUUUUUCUUCCCGCUAAUGGGGAACGCAGCGGACCUGGACGCCAUUCCAAAAACUGGUUAUGGGGCAAGGUGAAGGAUGCACCACGCCCAGGGCCUGGUCGACCCCGCAAAGUAAGGCUGCCUGAGGAUGAAGAUGAUGAUGAUGAUGAUGAUGAUAAUGAUGAGGAGGAUAGAACUGACAUUAAUAAGGUCACAACAUCAUCACCAACCCUGUUGCCCUUAGAUAAUGAGCCUGACUCCACAUCAACCUGUACCUUGGAGGCUCCCAGGCACUCUACAGUUCCGCUCCCACGCAGCAGAGGGCGGCCUCCACGGAAGAAGCGUGGCCCAAAACGCAGGCUUGGCGAGGAUCCUGAAGAUGGCCUGCCAUCGUUGCCACACAGCACAAGGCUAAGUGAACCUGCUCUAGUUCGACAAGCCUUUCUCAAUGAGAGCAGUGUAGAUGAGGAGGAGGAGGAAGAUGAGGAAGAGUUAAGGACUCGUUCUCCACCUGUCCUCACCAAGCCCACAUUUGGACUUAAAUGCAAGUCUCAGAAGUCCUUACAAAAGAGGCGUGCACGUCAGCGCAGCCACCCCCAUAGCAGUGUAGUGACAGAGACCAUCUCAGAGACCACUGAGGUUCUGGAUGAGCCAUUUGUGGAUUCAGAUUCUGAGAGGCCCAUGCCCAGACUAGAAGAGGAGACUCCGUUCGGCAACCCUCUCCGACGCUACACAGCAGCCCGCAAACACAUGAAACCUGCCCCCAAGAGCAUCAGCAGAAGCAGUCUGACUGAAUCGGAGGAUGAUGAUCCCACUCCUGUGCUGAAGCCAGUUGCUGGCCUGAGAAGACCUGAACCUUCAGAAACCACAACAACUGAGGUGCCUGAGGUCCCUGUAAAGAAGAAGAAAGGCUGGCCUAAGGGCAAGAGUCGCAAGCCACUGCACUGGAAGAAACGUCCAGGCAGGAAGCCUGGUAGUGGAGCCAGUCAGACAGCUGACUCCAGUCUUGCAGUUCCAUCCUCAGAGGACCCACCACCCCCAAAGAUUAAAAUGAAACCUGGCAGGAAACCUCGCAGCUAUUACCUGCAGCGGGCCCAAGAGGAGGCAGCCAGACUGGAGUUUGAGCAGAACCAGCUGGCUCAGCAGCAAUUAGAUAAUUCAACACUGGAGGACAGAGCCUGUAAGAAGACAACAAAAACCUUAACUGACCUUAACCCUGAGAAGCGGAAAGACUCAGAAGAUGAGGAAGAUUUCCUUCAGAAAUUUAGAGAACCAUCCAAACCCAAAAAGCGAGGCCGACCGCCAAAAAAUACCAACCUCCCUCCCCCUGUACCAAAACCACCUUCUGUGUCUGAGCCAGAAGAGGAAGACGAGGAGGAAGACAGACCAUGGGCAGUGGAGAAGACUAGCCGUCCAUCUUCUUGUACCAUGUCACAGUCUUCCAGCACCAGUGUCCCUCAGCCAAGAGCUAACACAGACAUGGCAGAUGCAGAGGAGGAUGAAGAGCAUGAUGAUGAAGAUUGUGAUAACAGGGUUAGUCGGAGAAUAGCAACGACACCAGGCUCAGGAAGCCGGCGUAGUGAUGAUCAUGAUGCCGAUGAUGAAGGGGAUGGUCGUAUAGAAGAGAAAAGUGACAGUGGCAGCAGCAGUAAGAUAAGGAAAGGUCAAGACUCUGAGGAGGAUGAAGAGGAGCAAGAGGAUGAAGAAGAAGAGGAACCAUCGUCGCCAGCUCACUCUCUGCCUGUGAAAGAAGAACCACAAAGCAGUGAAGGUUUUUUAGACAUGCAGGGAAACUUGGCCCGGGACUAUGUCAGCAAACAGGAGGAGGGGGAGGAAGAGGAUGCAGAAGUGGAAGAGGUAAAGACAAGCUCUGUUGAUGGUCAGGAUGAACGGCAACGACGAGAACAGGAGGAAUCUGCAGCAGCCGCGGCAGCUGUAGAGACAGUAACUGCCAUCACAGCCCCCUCUGAACCACUGGACAUGCAGCCUCUAAAUGUUGAGGACAAGGCUGUGCUCAUUAUGGAUACGGAGCACUCACACCAGCACCCUGAUUUUAAAGAUGACCUGAGCCACCACCAACACACGCAUCACCACAGUAGUGAGCUGGAUCUGGAAACUGUGCAGGCAGUUCAGUCACUUACACAAGGUGAGGCCCAGGAGGAGGAAUCCGAGUCACAUGGGGCCUACCUGGACUGCGAGGAGACAAUGGCUGCCUGUCGCACCCUCCAGAGCUACAGUCAUGGUGAGGGAGAGGAGGAAACACUAGCCCUGGUGGAGGACUGUGGAGCCUCCCAGCACAGCCCCAUGCCCAACCCACCAAUGCCCACUUUACCGAACCAGUCUGUACACUCAGUCAGCAGCCCUGGAAUGACGUCUGGUCCUAUGGAGACUGGACCAGGAGUGCCUGGUCCCACAGGAACUGCAGUGGGAUCAGUUGGAGGGUAUACCCAAAUAACCCCAGAGCACCCCAGCUCUCUAUCAGCUCCUACACUGCAAAACAUGGAGACAUCCCCCAUGAUGGAUGUGCCAUCAGUUUCAGAUCAUUCCCAGCAGGUGGUGGACAGUGGCUUUAGUGAUCUGGGCAGUAUCGAAAGCACCACAGAAAACUAUGACAAUCCAAGCAGUUAUGACUCAACUAUGGGUGGUGGUGGAAAUGGAGGAGGGAAUGGAAGUAAUGGAGGUGGCAUGUCUGCGGCUGCAGCAGCAGUGGUGGCUGCUUCCACAUCUUCGUCAUCUUCAUCUUCUAGUUCGGUCACACCAUCAUCUUCGCAAGGCAACAGCUGCUCCUUUGUCUCAACCCCUGGAAUGUCUUCUUCCAGCACCGGGGUUGGCUCUCAGAUUGCCAUGGGUAGCUGUAGCCUUAUCCAACAAGCAGGUUCUGGGCCUACCAAUGGACCUGGAUCUAACAGUGGUAGUGGCGUCCCACAACCUCCACCCCCACCACCUCCCCCUUCUGCUAGCACUCCAAGUUGUAAUAUAAAGUCUUCACAAGGAUGUGUCAUUGAAAGGCCACCAAGUGCCAGUCAGCAACAGCAGAAGAAGGUGUCACAGCCUCCUCAACAACAGCAAAACCCAACACCACAGCCUCCACCCUCUGCUCCACCACCACCUCCACCUCAGCAGCAAGCACUCUCACAGUGCAGCAUGGGAAAUGGCUUCGCUUCCACACCCAUGAUCAUGGAGAUCCCUGAAAGUGCAGGCAGUGGAGGAGGAGGGCGGACUUUAUAUGACCGUAUGGGCCAGGACUUUGGUCCUGGAGGCUAUGGCCAGCCCUCUGCUACUUUCAGCUUAGCCAAACUCCAGCAACUAACCAACACCAUCAUGGACCCCCAUGCCAUGUCUUACUCGCAUUCUGCAGCGGUCACUUCAUAUGCUACAAGUGUUUCUCUGUCCAACCCAGGGUUGGCACAACUUGCAUCCUCCCCACACCCAUCACUGCCUCAGGCACAGCCCACUAUGACCCCACCUCCCAAUUUGAGUUCUGGCUCCAUGAAUCUUGGCUCUCCUUUGAUUCAGUGCAACAUGCCAGGGCCCAACAUUGGACUUCCUCCCCCACCCCAUACACAGCGAUUGCAAGGCCAAAUGGCCACCGUAAAAGGCCACAUUUCUAUUCGGUCCAAAGCCUCUCAAAUUCCAGCUGGCUCCCCUCACCAGCAGCAGUUGUACAGUCGAAGCUCUGGUGCUGUGACCAUGCAAGGUUCCCCACGAACUCUAACAGUGCAGCGUGGGAUGAUGCCAAACCUAAUGCCCACACCUGCUGCUUACAACUCUAUGAACAUGAAUCCACUAAAUGCUGCAAUGUCAGCUGGUUAUCGCAUGCCGCAGCCCAUGAUGAACAGUGGAUACCACAGUAACACACCGUAUAUGAAUCAAUCAGCCCAGUAUCCCAUGCAGAUGCAAAUGGGCAUGAUGGGAGGGCAGGCCUACCCACAGCAGCCUAUGCAGCCCAAUCACCAUGGUAACAUGAUUUACACGGGCCCCUCGCACCACAGCUAUGCUGGUGUCCCCAAACAGUCACCUUACAUGAGCAGAUGAACACCAGUGUACAAGCAGAGGGAGAGAAAGCUAAGAGAUGUUUCCACUGAACUUUGCAUCUCUACUUCAUUCAUUUAGAUCCACCCUCCAAAGUCAGGGCGAAAAGGCAAAAAGACAAGUGAGCUUAAUGGAGGAAGAGGACAUAGAGACUGCGACAAUUUCUUUUGCUUUCUUAAUAUGUUGUCGUCAAGCUCUGUUCCAUUGGGUUCAUUUCCUAAUUGCCUGAGCUGGGAAGAUGAUGAGAGAUGAUCAUGUGAGAUGAUCUAAUGGACUUUUUAUUGUGGCAAGUGUAGAUUGCCCUCUAUCUGCCAUUAUCCAUGAGACAGAGGGCGAAGCAUCAAAGCAGCUAAAGGAGAAGUGAACCUAACUUUUUAAACUGAGAAACAAGUACAUUUAAGUUGUUAAUGAACACAUUGAAUCAUGCACACAGUCUUCAAUUGACAAAGGAAGCCUUACCUAAAAAGAGACAAAAUAAUUGUAGAUGGACUUUAUUUUGUAUUUUAUUUUUAUUAUAUUAUCAUUUACUUUAUUUUUAACAUGUUCUCGUUUUUUUAUGACUGUUGAGAUGCUUGUGUUUCAGUCUGACCUCAUGCUUUGUGUGUGGCUGUUUUGGGAAAAAGUGAUUAAAGCUUGUUUGCUCACCUGCACAUAAAUACAUUUACUCAAAUACACAGCUCUAUAGCCACUUGAGAAAUUGCAUGGAGGAUCUUGAAAUGGGGUUCUAGUCGGCAUACAGAAGGUGUCCAUUGUCUGUAAAUCCGUGUCUUCCCAGUAUGGAAUCGUGUCUAUCCAAACUUUACAGUAGGGAGAACCCAAAACAGAGGUAAAAGACUGCUUCACUUGGAGUUGCAUACAGGUAUAUCUGAUUGUAAUGACCAAGCAUCAUUCUUCAUACCGUAGACUGGACCGAGCAGAAUUCCUUUGAAACUAGUUCAUGUAAAUAUUCUGGUACUACCUGGUUCACAGCACAGACCGCGCUUUCACAAACACUCCACAGAUGUCACUAGAGAGCACAGCAGUCUAAUAGAGGGAAGGUUUUUAACUUCAUUCUACAUAGUGCACCAUCUACAUAAUGUGGAGGGUAAAAAAAAUGAUGUAAACACACAGGAGCAUGUCUGCAAAGCAGUCAGCUAUGGCUGUUAGUAUUGUAACUGUGCUCAUCCAAUGAGGUUAAUGAUUUCUCUUAAAGUAGGCCUUACUGUGGCACCAGUGAGUAGUGCUCAUCAAACUCCAGCUGAUCAUGAGGUUGUGAUCGCUGUUGGCAACAAGGAGUUGUACAAAUAAGUAGAUCCGUGUCUGCAAUGCACACAUGGGCUAACAAACACUUAUACCUGAGAUAAAGGAUAAAGUGCACGAUGUUCUGAAAUGGUUGCUGUUUUAGGACAAUGGACAGCUAAUUUCUUAAUGAUCCAGUAUUCAUUGUCAAUAUGACGAAUCUUUCUCAAAGAUCUUACGUUUCAUAUAUUAUUUGUGCGCUAUUGUUUUUCUGAAUUUUAUCAGACUGGGCAGCUUUCUUUUAUGACACAAGCUGACUCUUUUUGACUUUAGAAGACUUCUUGUAGAGAAAAUGUUUUUUCUAAAAUAUAAAAGAGAAAUUCUGACAUGGAUAUUGGUACUGUCAUUUUUUUCACUUCUGUUUCAGGAAAAAAAAAAACAAUGCAUAUUUUUUAGCUCGACUCUUGGGGUAAUAUUAUUAAGAAAUUCAAAACUAAAAAAAAUUACAAAUCACUUUUAGUGAAUUUAAGAUGCCUUUAACCUUUCCAUUCCAUCUCAUAUCUAGAGUUUUCUAUCUUUGUGUAGUAUAUUAAUGCUAUUUUAAAACAAAAGGAAAAGCAGAUAUCUAAAGGUCACUUAGCGUUAUUUUCUUUUGUUUUUCUUGGUUAUUGUGUGUGUUUAAGACAACUUCCUUACAUCUACGAGGCAUGUAAAAAUGAGCUCAGUAUAUUUCUGUCUGUUUAUAUUGCUUAUUGUUUCGUAUCCUUUGUAAUUGUACAUGGUGAGUUGUAAGCCAAGAGAGAGCCUGGUACCCAGAGAAAGAGAGAGAGCCAAGCUGGGGCGCUCAGUGAUGGUCGUAAGCGUCCACCUUCCACUCCUCUCUGUUUUGUCCCUGUAUGUAUUUCCAUUUGUUCGUUUCUUUCUUUUUCUUAGCAAGUACUUAAAAAAAAAAAAAUAAAAUAAAAUAAAAAAAAUACUCUGUACAUUUUAACAUGAAACAAAAAUAAAUUAUGUUGAGCCAU